CUUCACUUUCACCACAGAUUGCUAGGGUUUGUCGGCGGCAUGUCUUCUUCUCGUUUUGUAGCACGUGCAGGGAGGUCAAUACUCGGGUCGGAACCAUGUGCGUUCUGCCAGUCGCGCCACGCGCUCGAGUCGGAUUCUAUACUCUGAACAAGAAGCAGAGGGUGCUCCAGAUGGAGGCGCACACAGCAGAUGCAAUCAUUGCAGACUUUCUUGCGCAGAGGAGCAAUCUAACUCAUGGGAGCAAUAUCCGACGAGUAGCCAAGAAGUACCAGGUGGAUAUAGAAGCCCUCGCCUCACUCGCAAUCGUCACAUACAGAGUACCAGACUUGACUGACCCAGCGAAACGAGCUCAGCUCCCUCCAAGUCAGCACAAGACCAUCGCAGGCCUACUCCUCCAAGGAUGUGCCCAAGCCGAAGACCCCCUCGCCAUCGUCCACAUCAUGACCGCCGUCUACUUAAGCACAGUGACCGCCGAACCCGCCUACAAAGAAAUCGCCCGCCUCUUCCCACAGUCCGAGCUCGUCCAGUACCGCAAAACCCUCGAAAAAAUCGGUUCCCAAGCCCAGUCGAUAGCCCUAGGACCCGAGGCCCUAACACUGCAAGGCCUGUUCCUGGAGAAAGAAGGACAGCGGCAAAAAGCCCAAGCCGCAUACGAAGAAGCCGUCAAACUUUGCCAUUUCAAGUUCAACCCCCGCGCCAGACACCCCAUGCAAAUCCCCCUCAUCACGCCCUGGAACGCCUUGGGGUAUUUGCUGAAAAGCGACCAAGAUCCUAGCGUCCGAUUGCAAGCCAAAACCUAUUUCGAAAAAGGGGCCUUUGAAGGCGACGACCCCCUGUCUUACUACGAACUAUCUGCCUUCGAGGAACGAACAAGCACAAACUGGCUGCAGUACACCAGCAAAGCAGCCGCGUCAGGGCACCGGGAAGCCAUGGUGAACCUCGCCGCCUUCUACCAAGACGCUUCCACCGACUCCUCCCCGGUUCUCGCAGACAGCAAGUUGAAGUCGGCACUGGGAUGGCUGACGGGCUGGAAGAGCGGCAGUGCAGCGGCGCUUGCGAGGGAGUGGUUACAGGCUGCUGCGAAUGUAGGGCAUAAACCGUCUCUGUUCCGGUUAGCGGAUCACUACGAGGCGACGGGGGAUCACGAGCGCGCGAGGGAAGCUUUGAGACGCGUCUUGGAUCCUCCGGGAUCGGCUGAGAGGGGGGAAGAGUGGCCGCAGCUUGUUCAGCAGGCGAGGAAACGACUAGCUGGGAUCCGGACGUGA